GUUACUGCUUGCUCCUGUUAGACUGGGAGGUCAGGCAAUUUCUUGGGCUGCUGGGAAGUUAGAAACUAGCCGGAAUGGACUCCCAAUAUCACCUUCAUCAUCAGAUGUUCAGAGCAGGUGUUGCAGGCUGCUGCAAAGCAUGAAUCUCAACAAUCUGAUACUGAGGAAAACCAAGAAACAUCUCCUGAAUUGA